CCGCGCGCCGCGCGGGUGCUAGUUUCACAUUGAGGAGAGAGACAAACCUUAUUGUCUUCUUCGUCUUCUUCCUGUCUCUCCCAACUACACACCAUAAGCCUUGAUCAUCCUGUCAGAUUAGUGCAAAAGAGUAUUGUUUAUGUUCAGAACGAGGAAGAGGGUUUUUGUUUGAGUCAAGGGAGAGUUGGGAUUCAAGACGAACGGUUUUUUGAUGGUAUGAAUUGUUGACGAGUCUCAUCUUCAAGAUGGACAGCAAUGGUUUACCCGUGGAUGCUAUCAACAGUGGCAAGUUCACUGAUGUUGCAUCGGUCCAAGUUUGAAGCGGAGGUUGCUGCUAUAUGUAUAUGGAUGUUACUAAGGUUGAAGCAUACCUCGACCGCUACGAAGAGGAAAUUCCACAUCAGAUUUCUGGAUGCAACAGUGUCCAAGACAUGAUUGACGUUAUGCCUUUGGUCUCUCUCGUCACCAGUCGCUAUGAACUAGCGAGAAUCAAGACGGGAUGGAAGGACAUUGAUGUGGAGAAUAGACUAAGGAAGUUGGACUCGGUUGGAACUGAUUUGAUAGAAUGGGCAGCAACACAUAUGAAUCCAAUGUCUCUCGUGAUGAUCUUCUUCAACCACGGGAUUGUUUCUGUCAACACAAUUGCCUCUACCCGCAAUGUAAGGAGAGUUCAUGCUUUAGCACUCACAACAGGAAUGCUUGAAGAUGAAUGGAAUCGAUCAAGGUUGAUGGGAUUAUACUUACAGGCAUCAACAUGUACUCUGGUUGACUGCGAGAGACUAUUCCAUGGUGCAGAAAAGAAGGGAUUGCUUCUCUUCAACCAGAUGCUGACUGUCUAUUCGAGGCAUGAUCCUGACAAGGCUAAGAGACUGUUCGAUGAGCUGAUCGGAACUUGUCCUCCUGAUGGUGCUACAUACAUGGGCCUUUUACAUGCAUUAAGCGUUGGAGGUGAACCUUGGGAAGCGAUUAAGGUCAUUCAGCAAAUGGAGAGUCGUGGGGUUCAACCUGACCCUCGACACUAUGGAGUUGCAGUUGACAGUUUUGCUCACCAGAUUUCAUCAAGGCAGCUAUCGAUAUUCUCAAAUACUUUCCAUCUGCAGAGCAUGAAGUGACAAUCAACAGCAUUCUCAGCC